CAUCAGCAGAGUCUCAACAUGGCGAAUAACUGCACAGGCUCUCCCCUUCACUCCUGUUAAAGCCUAAAGAAUAGUAUGCAGCAGCCCUCGAAAAUAUCUAAAAAAAGAAUUUGAAUAAUGGAAACGCGGGGGAUUGAUCAGAUGUUCGACUUCCAGCGGUUACCAAAUGAUGGCUUCAUCUUGCUGCUGCUGUUGCUGUACACCCCUGUCGGCCUGUGUUUGAUGCUAUUACGAAUAUUUAUUGGUGCCCAUGUGUUUCUAGUGAGUUGUGCUCUCCCUGACAGUGUUGUGAGAAGGUUCAUAGUGAGAAUAAUGUGCUCCAUGCUGGGCCUUCACGUCCGGCAGAACAGCCCUCGCAUACGGGACAAAAGCACCCGACUGUACGUCUGCAAUCACGUUACACACUUUGACCACAAUAUUAUCAACCUCCUGACCUCCUGUAACACGCCUCUGUUGGAGGGCCCCGCUGGGUUCGUGUGCUGGGCGAGGGGUUUUAUGGAGCUGGGUCAGGAUGUAGGGAGCAGGUCGGAGCUGACGGAGACCCUCUGCAGGUACUGCUCAUCUCCUGGUGCUUUACCCCUCUUGCUCUUUCCAGAGGAGGAAACUACCAACGGCCGAGCUGGCCUCCUGAAGUUCAGCUCUUGGCCUUUCUCAGUGUCUGACUCCAUCCAGCCGGUGGCAUUGCUGGUCAAGAGGCCUUUCAUAGCAGUGAAUACACCAGAAUCUUCAUGGCUGACUGAACUGUUGUGGGCCUUUUUUGUACCGUUCACAGUGUACCAUGUAAGAUGGCUUCCUCCAGUGUCUAGAGAAGAUGGCGAAACUGAUCAAGAAUUUGCCACCAAAGUCCAGGAGCUUCUGGCGACUGAGCUGGGCGUGAUCUCCACACAAAUCACUAAAGCAGACAAAGCUGAACACAUCAAAAGAAAAAGACACACUGUCACUCAGACUGCACACACAAAUUUGGGUGCCAGACCUCGCACAGUGGCACAGGGAUUCCUGGGCACAAGUACAGGAACUGAAGAAUCACGUGUAGUGUGUAUGGCGCAGCAAGUGAAGGAGGUGCUGCCUGAUGUCCCCCUUUCUGUCAUCACCAGAGACCUGUUGCAAACCAACUGUGUUGACACAACCAUAACCAACCUGCUGGAGCGCACUGACCAAUUCCACUCAGAGGCUGCUGCGGGCACAGCAUCAGGUCCAGCCAAACCAGCAGCAUCCUCCUCCCCAUCCACAACAGCAUCCUUACCCAAUUUAAAGCCAGCUGCCAAAUUGUUUGAGAAAACACCAGUAGACAGACACAUGUCCCUACAGGAGAGAAAAGAUGCCUUAUAUGAAUAUGCAAGAAGACGAUACAUUGAAAAACAUGGACUGAACAAAGAGGACAAUCUAUGACUGUGGACAAAGAAUCACCUGAUGAAUUGUUUAGGAAAGCCAGCUGCUUAACACAAAAUCCACAAAAAGAAGAAAUGAUAGCAUUGACCCAGGAACAAUUGAGAGAAGACUGAUUUCCAUCAGACUGUUUUCUUUUUUCUUUUGCCUUUUGUGUUUUUGUUUUCUUUGUAAAUGAUCUUGCAUGCCAGUCAUGCAUGUCUUUUUAUCAUUUCUGUCUGCAACAGAAAGCAAUUAUUUUGGUAAAACAAUUUGUAUUCAAACCCAGUGACCUUGACACACUUCAUAUUAUUUUUAUAAGGUCCAGGGGUGGAGAUUUGGGGUUCAGAAACAUAAAAUACAUCUUGAGGUUCAUUAUGUUGUUAAGGAUUCGUGUUGAUGCAAUAUCAGCUUUUAAAGACAUUAAAGAUCAUAUAGAAGUGCAAAGAAUGUGUCCCUUGUCCAUUGAUGUAUUAAGAUUGUGAAGUACACCCAUUUAAAGAGCUUUUAAACCUA